CUCCUUUCUAUCACGGUCCAUCUUCCUUCUACUACUCUCUUCCCGUCCAGAAGCUUCUUCUAUCCUUUCUGGCAACACUGUGUCGCACCUUCUCAGCCUACCUCAAGACAGCAUACCUCUCCUCCAGAAAUCCUUCAUUGGAACCUUCCACUCUCGCUCGCAAGAGUCAUCCUACACAACUACUACCAUGGACUCCUUCAUGCACUCCUGUCAAAAGAUUUUGCUUGAGAGAGCCGCUGCAGCCAACGGCCAGCAACAUCCUCAAGACAUCACCGAUCUCCCACCAGCCUACACCGCCGAAGACACCCUCACCGACUCAGAAGACGAGGACGAAGAGGAUGAAGACCCAUCUCCCAUCACCCUCGUCCUCAACACCUCCUCACAAGUCCACGGGACGGGUAACAUGAUUGCAACACCACCACUCGCAGACGCAACUCGCCUAUCUGCACUCUUGCUCGCUGCAGUUCAAAGUCUCAGCGCUGCAAAGACUGCUGCCACCAAGCCCGGUUCCAAGACUCCUAUCUUGCAAGUCAACCUUACCAUCAACUGCGGCAUCACUGUCACUGGCAACAACAACGUCGUCGGAUACAAGACUCAAGGUGUGCUGCCAACCAUCACCAAGAGAAAGGGUCUCGAGGAGGUUACCGAACAUGCCCCUGAGGCCAAGAGAGUCAAGAAUGAGUGAGCCCGCUCGCUGUACGAACAACAAAGCC